AUGCGGCGUCUCGUCUCCCUGGCCACAGCCGUGCAACUCCUCGCCCUUACCCUCGCCGCCUCGAUCCGCAUCAACAUUCCCCCAUCAACCCUGCUCCCCAACCCAAACGUCCUACCAGCGUCAACCCAUGCCACCCUCACCACUUCCACAGGCCCAGAGCUCAGAGCCGUCAUCCGGAAAGGCAACUACAUCGAAUUCCCCUCAAUCCCCACCACGGCUCGCACCUCCUCCAAAUCUACUCCCGCGACUACCCCCGAGGCCGGCUUACAGAUAAUCGGCGCAUACGAAACCUACCACGGCACGCAAUGGUCCGAUCACGGCAUCCAACUCAACCCGAAUGGGCAACCCACCACGGCGUUGACGCUCAAUGCAAAGGUGCUAUCAAAAAAGAACUUUUACGAAACACGGCCAGGCUUCAAUGUGCUCAGUCUGCUUAAGAACCCAAUGAUCCUGAUGGGCGGAGUGGCAUUGCUAUUCACAUUCGGCAUGCCCAAGCUGAUGGAAAACAUGGACCCGGAAAUGAAGGCAGAAUAUGAGGAGAUGCAGAAGAAGAGUCCCGUCGCUGGGUUGACGAGGGCGAUGCAGGGCGGAGGAGCAGCUGGUGCGGGCGACGGGUUUGAUCUGGCGGGCUUUCUGGCUGGGAAACAGUCGGACAGUGGUGGCGGUGAAGGUGCAGCAAGUAGUGGAUCGACCAAGGGGAGUUCAGGCGGCAUCCGGGAGCGGAAGCGAUAG